CGCCGAGCGGGAGGCUGCCAAGGCGAAGGGCCCAGAAGCGUCCCGCAACUUGCUCGACGGGAAGCGGCUCACACGGUCGCAGCUCGGGGCGGUCCUUGCCCCGUUGAUGGAGGCCGUGCGAUCAACGGUCGCGUGCGAGUGCGUUUACACCCGAUGCGCUGCGCUCAAGGCCAUGAUCUGGAUGCAAACGGAGACGGAUUCCGCCGAAGAGCUCCAGUCGACGAUCGCUGGGGAGCUGGCGGACUCGUUCUGGCCUGCCAGCCUCUUGAACGAACUUCUGCUGCAAAUACACUCUCGCUUUAAAGCGACGCCCGAACUGGCGGGCACGCUACUCAAGAUCACGAACUCGUGGGCGACUCUAGUUCCACACAAGGUCGACGUGGACGUUCUGCAAACCCUCUGGAAGUCCUGCCUCGUCGGGUGCGGUCCCCCAGGAAAGCACAUCGCACUGGAAGCGGUUGGAAACGUCCUCGAUCUGCCGCCACCCAAACCCCCCGGUUUGGCCAAACCCUCCCGAACCCCCGCUGAGCAAGCGGCGGCUGCUGCGGCGUCGGACCCGAAAGGAGCCACCGCCUUGCAACGGCUUGUACAGGCCGCAGUGUGGUUUCUGGGCGAGAACGCAAACUACGCCGCAUCAGAGUACGCAUGGGAGCCGCAGUCAGCGGCGGGCCAGAUGCUGAUGAUGAUGGAAGGGGAGAAGAUGGUCAUGGCGGCAGGAGUCCGUAACCCGACCCUUGCGGCGGCGCUAGCACGAUUGCAGCGGUGUGCGGUGGCAAGUAGCUGGGAGGUACGUGUUGUGGCGGCUCAGGCGAUCAUCACCGUCGCCCUCCGCUCGGGCGAACCGUACCGGCUCCAGUGCUACGAGUUCCUCACGUCACUCUUGCGCGGCGAGAAGCUGAAGCACAAGCUGCAAGAGCAACAGGGGGUGGCUAGUAGCGGGGAGGACGAGGGGGGGUCCGGGUCGGGGCUCGCGAACGUGGUCGCACCGAUGCUACGGAUGCUGGACGAGAUCUACACGGCGCAGGACCAGUUUGUGCGGGAACUUCGGCAACAUGAGAACAGCAAAGAAGAGUGGACCGAACCCCAGCUCGAGUCGCUCUUUAACACGCACGACACCCUCCUUCGCCUCGUCUCCCUCUUCUGUUUCGUCCCCCGCUCCAAGUACCUUCCGCUCGGUCCAACGAGUGCUGACCUCAUCGAACAAUACAAGCUGGCGCACAACAUUGUGACGACAUCAACGCCGGUUACUCCGAACGAUGCUGCGGUUACGACGGGCAUCGCGAACUUGACGGUUAGCGGGCCGGGAAUGUACAUGGAUAUGCAGCCCUCCCCCGCUCCCGCCGAAAACGGGGGGCCGACCCCAGCCGACGACCCCUGGGCGGGGACCCCCCCGGGGAUGGACCUGGUGAACGAUUUUCUGGGGGGGGCGGUCCCCAAAGUCAUCGGCAGUCUGGGCGACGAAAAGGGACCCCCCCCCGGAGAGCCGGACGCGCCAGUCAACUACGACGAUCUAUGGGCGAGCACAAUGUUGGAGGAACAGGAGGAGGCGCGGGGGGGCGCGGUAUCGGACUCGGACGAUGACGCCUCGUCUGUGAUCUCGUCCACUUCAGACGCAUCGUCCAUGCAAACUAGCGGCGGCAUCUUCGAGCGCCCCGGCAGCUUCAAGGUCCAGACAUUCUCGCCACUCGGCUUCGCCUCGCCGUCUCGAGAAGGAGGCGCGUCCACCUCCUCCCCCUUCUCCGGUUCCAUCACCAACGAGUCGCCACGUGUCUUCCGGCGCUCCCUUGACUGGUCCACGAGCGCUUCGAGCCCCACCGCCGCCCGAGGCGGCAACGCUCACUUCGACAGCGUCUCAGCGUCCCAAUCGCGGCCGAGCCACACGCGCGGCCUCAGCACGCUUUCCGAAGCUUCGGCGGGGGGGUCCGGGAAGACCGUGUUCGGUCAGAACGGGGAACCCCCUAGAAUGGGCAAGGCGAUCUACGACUUUGAGGCGGGUGGCGCGGAUGAAGUGGACCUGAAAGUGGGUGACGUUGUGCAGAUUCAGUACGAAGUGGAGGGCUGGUACCAUGUGACGAAAGUUGACGCCUAUGGACGACCGUCAGGAUUGGCUCCAGUCCUAUACAUCGAAGUUUCACAAUGACUUUGGAAAACCUUGACUGUUUCCUAGCAAGUUCAGCUCCGACAUCUAGGGUAGCCCCUAGCUUCCUUAGCUCCUGUGGAUACCAGCUUGUGUGUUGACGAAUCCGUUUCCAGCAAUUAGACGUUCAGGGUUUGCCAACAGCCUCACCAAUGGUUUUGUAAGACAAGUCUAACCAAAGGAUGUGCAUUCUUCUUGGCAUAAACAGAGCAGAUAUUGCAAACGGUAGCAUUCAGUGGUUGGUGCAUGGACAGGCUGGGAAGCAUGCUUGCAGCAGUGGGUUUGAC